CCAAUUUUUGCAAAUUUUUGGCCAAUGAUUGGCACAAAAUUUGACAUUUUGGCCAAUUUUUGUCCGUACGGCAUGAACAUUUGUUGUUGGGCAUUGUGCCCAAGAGGGGGUCCGUUCCUCGUGGUAGGCGCUCGCCUGCAGGGGCUCGGCCCCCGUGCCCCACCCUGCCCAGUUAGCGCAGUUUUGCCGGGUGGGUCCCAUCGCCGCCCGAUCGUCGGGACCCCCGUAAAAAGCGGAACCUCGCGGAUCAGCCAGGACACCAGGGCGCCCGAGAGAGCUGCAGACGUGGAUCGAAGCAGUCUCCAGCGUGCGCUCUCGCCAGGUGGAGCCUUCAGUGUCAUGGCUGGCCAUGUCCUGGUUCAGGAGGCGCUGGGAUCGGCCGUGUGUCGCCGAGUCCAGGUCGAUGUCCCCUCCCCUCCUGAGCCGAGUCCAGGUCGACGUCCCCUCCCCUCCUGGGGCGGCACCUUCGCCCGCCCUGCCUCAGGCAUGUGGGUCGCCUCCAAGAUCAUCCCCGUCAUGUACCGCUGGGAGCUGAUCCCGGGCAUCGCCUCGCCCGAGUGGCACGCGAAGGCCGCCACCAUCAAGUACAACCACUACACCGAGGGCAUCGUGUACUCGCCCUACGACACUGGCGAGCCGAUCACGGAGAUGCCCGCCCAGUGCGCAGGCAAGAUGUACUUGCGGCAGAAGGGCGGCGGCUGGAAGUUCCAGUCGGAGAUGGAGUAG